AUGAUUGAGUACCUUCCGAAAAAUACAACAGCUCUGAUCCAACCAAUGGAUCAGGGUGCAAUAGCCACGUUUAAAGCAUAUUACCUACGCCGAACAUUCCAACAACUUAUAAGUGAAACCGAUGGUACAUCAUCAAUUAAAACGUUUUGGAAAAACUAUAAUAUCAAGGAUGCUGUUGAGAACAUUAGUGAAUCCUGGAAGGAAUUAAAAUCGACAACAAUGAACCAUGUUUGGAAAAAAAUAUGGCCAGAAUGUAUAAAAACUACCGAUGCAGAAGUUAAUUUCCUUCCUGAAGUUAGACAAAACAUUUUGGAUUUAGCACAUGAUCUCGGUUUUGAAGAUUUAAACGAAUCUGAUGUGCUGGAUCUGCUUGCAGCUGAUAGGGAACCCCUUUCAUAUGAGGAACUCAUUCAGUUGCAAGCAAAACCAGCAAUUGAUGAAGAUACAGAGCCUGUUGUAUCCAAACAGCUAACACCAAAAAUCAUGUCGAGCGCUUUUUCUUAUUUUGAACAAGGAAUAAACAUCCUCCUUGAAAACGAUCCUGACGUCGAACGUGGCGCUAAUGUGUCUCGAGGAAUUAACUCAGCCAUUAGCUGUUAUAAAUCACUAAAGGAAGAAAUAGACAAGAAGGUAGCUGAAUAUAAACAAAGUCUUGAUUAUAGUGAAUCGAAUGAUGAUUUUAUGAUAAUAAUAAUUUUUGUUGAUGAUGAUGAUAUUCAUGACAAUUCAUAA